AUGGCAGCCCGUAUCCCCCAGAUGUACGAGGUUCGGCGCGCGCACGCCCCAUCUCAUCCCGCCCCGCCCUCUCCUCCCUCUCCUCACUCUCCUCACUCGCCCAACACGAACCCCUUCGCAACCCCUAACGCUUCCGUCACGAACCUCGCCGCACCCGCCGCAAACGCCGACCGCAACUCGACAAACCUAAGCUCCAUCGGCGGCCUACUCAUGAGCGCCGGUGACUGGGAGAGUGACGAGCCAAAGCCCCGCAACCGUGCGCGCAGCAGUACAAUCGUCCAAUCCCAACCGCCAGAGUAUAGUAGCAUGACCCUUCAUGCGCGCGUCCAGAGUUUCGACGGGGACCAGAUGGAAGACAACCACCGCUCCUUCUUCUCGGAUGUGAGUGAUAUCGCCCCGACUCGCGUCGGGGCUAAUCCGCCUCGCGUGACUCCCGGCCCUCCACCUCGUGGUGACUCGCUCCCAAAGCCAAACGGAGUCAACUUUCCAAUGCCAGCGUCCAGUACGGGCGCAAAUCAGGCGCCCUUCCCCCAGCAGCAGCAGUCAUACCCCACCCAGCCGACCAGUAUCCUGCAGCCCAGGCCCCAACACCCGGCCCAACGCCCCGCCGUCCAGGUCGCCCUCCCCGUUUUCGCCGGUGCUGCCCCCGUUUCGCCAAUGCUUGCCGCGCCCCCCCGCGCCCACUUUUCGCCAAUGGCGCCGUCGCUCAGCCCGUCCAACGAUAAUGCCAGUAUUCGCGGACACGACUAUCUUCGCGAAAAGAACGCCACGUUCCGCGAGGGAGAGGAGGAGGUGUUUACGCCGUUCUCGCCGCGCGCCCGUCAGGCUGGACCACGUACCCGUGUGGCAGGGCGCAAGAGCAUAUACUCGACCGUCGACUUCUGGAAGCGCCUCAGUACCGUCGCCAAGAGCCACGAUAAGGAGAGCAGCUUCCUCGCUGAGAGGCGCCGCACCAUCUGGCGUAACCCCAUGUUUGUCGUUCCCCUCAUUCUCACUCUGAUUGCCGUGGCGGCUAUUAUUGUCUAUGUCGUCGUCAAGGUCAGCAGCCUCAAGAGCGUCUAG